CAGUGAACUCGGAGCGGUCGUCGAUCGAGGUACGGCUCGUCACUGUGCUGUAUAUACGCGGCCGUUUCAUUCAACAGGAGAAUUCCGGUUUCGAGGCCUCGUUUCUAUUCGACGCGAUCGAUUUCUACCGAAAGGAUCUCCCUACGAGGCACUGUUAUUCGCGAACUAGCCCAGCGUGUCUCGAAAACGCAUAUUUGUUUACUCGCGACGAUACGUUUAAAAGUUAGAAUUCCCCGGCCUUAUCUCUCGAAAUUGGCGCGUUAAUCGUGAGUCACGUGACAAGCAAUAGAUUAAUAUUGAGUAUCCAUCAUGUCGAUUGCGUUCAAUAGAAAUCGUGAAAGGUCUCUCGACUUUUUGCAGAAUAAAAACUAAACCCAUAAAUAAAAUUUCAAUGAAAUAUUAUAGUAUUAAUUAAUAUAGUAUACGAAAGAUCAAGAAUGUUGAAAUGCCCGAUAUGUGCGUGGAAUUAUUAAACGUUCGAUUUGUGGAACAUGUGCUAUUACGAAAGGAAACUCUGAAAAUGUGCAGCCAUAUUUAUAAGCAAGCACGAAGCUGCUGAAGCCAUUCAUUUAAAGGAAAUGUUGGAUGGAUAAUGGACAUGGUUAGAGAAAAGCCAAGACGUCGAAGUGUGAGCGAACUGCUCGAUUGGAGAUGCGUUGUUAGGAAUAAAGGGGAUGUCAAUACCGACGACACGUGCAUGAACGUGCCCUUCCUCGAGGACUAUGACAAGGACCCAGAAAUGCGUCGCCGGAAACGUUCCGGUACUUGGCCGAGAACGAGAAGUCUGAACGCACCUAGUCCCAUACAACAAUUUGGACCAUGCGGGCGCAUCAUGAAGAAUUCCUCAAUGGUCAUGACCAUUCAAGAUCCAGCCUCACAGAGGUUAACGUGGUACAAGCCACCACUUACUGUUCUAGUCAUCAAGAAGGUCCGCGAUAAUUCGGUUUUACCACCGUUUGUACAAUUAGUCACAUGGCUAAUAGAAGAAAAACGGAUGGUAGUGUUCGUUGAGGCAUCUGUCUUGGAAGAUACAACCCUAGCCAGGGACCUCAGAUUUCAGGAGGUUCGAGAUAGACUACAAACUUUUAGAGAUGGCACAGACGAACUACAGGAUCGCAUAGACUUCAUUGUCUGUUUGGGAGGCGAUGGAACCCUUUUAUAUGCCAGUUUAUUGUUCCAACAAUCUGUACCACCAGUAAUGGCGUUUCACCUUGGUUCCUUAGGGUUUCUCACGCCUUUUGAGUUUGACAAUUUCCAAGAACAAGUAACAAAUGUAUUAGAAGGUCAUGCGGCCUUGACCCUGAGGAGCAGACUGAGAUGUAUCAUCAUGAGGAAGGGAGAGGAGAACAAGGAGAAACAACCGACGAAUUUGCUGGUACUGAACGAGGUCGUGGUGGAUCGAGGUCCGUCUCCAUAUCUUUCGAAUAUCGACCUCUUCAUCGAUGGCAAACAUGUGACCAGCGUGCAGGGUGACGGCCUGAUCGUGAGCACGCCAACCGGGUCGACCGCAUACGCUGUCGCGGCUGGAGCCAGCAUGAUUCAUCCUUCAGUACCUGCGAUCAUGAUCACGCCAAUUUGCCCUCACUCUCUGUCCUUCAGACCAAUUGUCGUGCCCGCCGGUGUCGAGCUGAAGAUCUCAGUUUCACCAGAUAGUAGAAACACCUCUUGGGUGUCGUUCGAUGGCAGAAACAGGCAGGAGCUCUUCCAUGGCGAUAGUCUAAGAGUAACCACGUCCAUCUAUCCAGUGCCCAGUAUUUGCGCUGUCGAUCAAAUAACAGACUGGUUCGACUCACUGGCAGAAUGCCUGCAUUGGAAUGUCCGUAAGAAGCAGAAACACCUGGAUGAACUAAGUGAUUUAACUCAUUCAUCCAGCAACGAUACCUUGGACUCCCUGGAUCGUGAUAGUUAGGCAAGAAGGAAGAAUUGCAAUAGACACAAAUGUUUCUAGAUCAGGUUUUGAAGUAUCAUCAUAUUCAAUGUUUUUAUUCGUAAGAUCUGAUCUCGAAAUAUUUCAAUGACUCAAUGUGCGAUUCACAAAAGGGACAAGCCUAAUCUGUGUUCGUUUGGUCGUAAGGAUAGAAGAGAAUAAACUCGUCUAAUAAGUCGUUGACAGAACUGAAAAAUCAUACGUAUCCUCUGAACACCGUCAGCGAUAUGAUACAGCGAAACUAGAAAUUCUCGAAAGAACCUAAUAGUAUUUCAAUACGUGCUCAAGAAUAGUCGAGUAGCCGUGUUGCAGAAAUUAUGAAUUUUUUAAGUUGAGAAAGAUCGUAAGGAGUUUGCGUGUAAUCAGUGAAUCAGAGAAUGUUUCCUACGUUUUCCAAUGCAUAAUUCUACACUACAGAAUGAUGUUUCACUCUGAUUCAUUCUUCAAAAUGGAUCUUUAUUCCUGUCAUUUCUUUUUUUUUUUCUUUUUUUUUUUUUUUUCUUUCUUUUCAUUGGGUUUUGUUAGAGAUGCGAGAAAUACUGAUGAGGAGACAUUGUUUAAAGACAACUAACAUCUAUGCAAUUGAGUUGUUGCAUAGGAGAAGCAGAAUGAAUUACUAAUGUUUCUUAUGAAUGCGCAACACAAAGAAAGAAAAGUGAAUUAUGAAAAAGAUACUUUGCAUCAUGCACUCAUAUUUAUUUAUUAUUCGCUCCUACUCUAAUUGAUAAGUUAUGUGAAUUCAUAUUGUCAGAUUCCAUUGAUUGCAACAUACAGAGCACACAGAAUGGAAAUGAACUAAACGAAAAGUUGUCGAUAAUCUUUUUUGUUUUGCUUUCUGACAACGAAUACAAUCUAGUUAAGGAUUAUUGUUUUGUAAAUGUUGAAUGUACUUUUCUUAUAAAUGAACAUUUUUAAUAAAGAAGCAUUUUUGUACAGAAUA